AUGCCUGCGUUGGUUGAACUUGAAGAAGAAAGAGUGCCUAAUGCUGUCAUAGAUAAUAUCAAUGACCUUCCUGAUUUUACUGAAGCGCACGUUGAAUUGAUCGAUGCUGCCAUCGAAUCAGUGGCAUCUUCGACAGGUGCACUUUCAUCUGAUGUUGAUCACAUAGAACUCGACUCAGGAGUGAUGGAAAAUAAUGAAGAGAUGACUCAUAGAAAUACAAAUUCGAUACCAGUAUCUUCUUCUGUUGAUCCCGAUAAUGAUAAUGAGAUUGUUGCAAAAGAUCCUGAAUAUUCACAUGUCGCUUCAACUGAGUCACAUUCGUUGGCUACUGACACUGAUAAUGUGAAUAAUGUUCCAGUAUUAACUGAAAUCGAAAACAAUGGUGAAGAUUUGCCAAGCACUUCCACCAAUACUGUUUCACAAACCGCUGAUUUUGAAACCCUAUUAUUACAGUUCUGUAAAGGUAGUCAGAAGAUCAAUGAAAAGGUCAAGAGGAAGAGAAUAGCUGAAGGUGCUGAAGUUAUAACUUGUGAAGAGGUUCAUCUAAGGUUAUUAAAUAAUCCAACAUGCAGUUCAUCUAGAAAAAAACAGAAAACAACAAAAGACCAGCAGAGUACGGGAAAACAGUCAUCAGUUGAUGUAACAACUGAAAGCCAAUGUGGUAACAAUGGUACUGAAAAGAAUCAUGCAAAGAAUAGAAAGAAAGGGAAAUUCAUAUCGAAAAAGAAGAUAGGAACUCCUGAAACUACAUCAAGUGAAUCAGAACAAAGCGUGCAAUAUGAGGAUGAAACCGAUUCAGAAAUCUGUGAAGCAGAAGACCAAAGUGCAGAGUUCUCAAAAAAUAUUAGUGACAUGGAAAUUGAAGAUUGGGUACUCGUUAAAUUUGAAUGCCAGAAGAGCAAAUGCAAAUACUUCAUAAGUAGAAUCGAAAGUUUUGAAGAAGGGACGAAUGAUCCUAUCAUAAGGUUUGUUGAAAAAAAACAGGCCAAACACGAUAAUAUAGCAGAACCAGUAUUCACCUGCGAUAGAAGACCUGUCGGUAGUGUCCCGGAAUUCGCCAAUCAUGAUACUACCAGAACCUAUUGUAGGACGAAGAGGAGAAUUGAAAUUCCACAUCGGUUUUUCGUUUUCAAAUUAUCACAAUCUUUAUUGAAAAUAACUUAA